GAGAGAAAGAGAGGGAGACACUGGGAAAAAAAAGUUUUUGUUCUUUUCCUUUUUUUUUCUCCUCUCAUCGCCUCCCCCUGUUCUAACCGGGCAACAUGGACCAGGGGCCCAAGAGUCCUGCACUGCGGCUGGGGAGAGCAGGACACGGCGGGGUGAACCAGCUCGGAGGCGUGUUUGUGAACGGCCGGCCCCUCCCGGACGUGGUCCGUCAGCGAAUAGUGGAACUCGCCCACCAAGGGGUCCGGCCCUGCGACAUCUCACGCCAGCUGCGAGUCAGCCACGGGUGUGUCAGCAAGAUACUGGGCAGGUACUAUGAGACGGGCAGCAUCCGCCCCGGGGUCAUCGGGGGAUCCAAACCAAAGGUUGCUACUCCCAAAGUGGUCGACAAGAUCGCAGAUUACAAACGCCAAAACCCCACCAUGUUUGCCUGGGAGAUCCGGGACCGGCUCCUGGCCGAGAGAGUGUGCGACAACGACAGCGUCCCCAGCGUCAGCUCCAUCAACAGGAUCAUUCGGACAAAGGUGCAGCAGCCGCCCGGCCAAACCGGCUCAGUGUUGGCUCACAACUUAGUGUCGUCCGUGGCGGCCACACAAGUGUCGGCAGUGACCAACGACUCAGCCGGCUCCUCGUACUCCAUCAGUGGCAUUCUUGGUAUCAGCUCAGCCACUGAUGUGGGCAAGAGGAAGAGGGACGAAGGUUUGCAGGAGUCACCGCUGGCCAACGGGCACGGCCACGGUGGGCGAGACUUCCUCAGGAAGCAGAUGAGAGGGGAGCUGUUCUCGCCGCAGCAGAUCGAGGUAUUGGACCGCCUGUUUGAGCGACCCUGUCCAAUCCUGUCCGGCUCUGACCUCUAUAUGAGCCCUGACAUUGGCAAGACGUCCGAUUACUCGGCCAUGGCCUCGCUAGCCGGCGGACUGGAUGAGAUGAAGAACAGCUUGGCCAAUCCCGGUGCAGGGGCGGAGUUAGGAGCCAGCGUGUCGGGUCCACAGUCCUAUUCACUCGUCCCAGGUCGAGACCUAGCCAGCACCACUCUGCCAGGCUACCCUCCUCACGUUCCUCCCACCGGACAGGGCAGCUACUCCACCCCGUCCCUCACCGGCAUGGUACCUGGUGGAGAUUUUUCCGGAAGUCCGUAUUCCCAUCCCCAGUAUUCCACAUACAACGAAUCCUGGAGAUUUCCCAACCCCAGUUUAUUAGUGUUCCAGCAGGAUUAUGGGUCUCUCCUGGGGACGGAAAUCGGCUGCUCCUCCAGCCUCUUCACCAGCCAGGCAGGACAGAUGCAAGGGUCACCGUACUACUACAGUGCAACAUCACGGGGGGCGGGCCCUGCUGCCACUGCAACAGCCUCCGCCUACGACCGCCACUGACCCCUUCCACUAAGAGACGACAAGGAUGAGGGGGGGAGGGGGGGGGACAAGGGGACGGAUAGCACCAGCACUGCACAGUACAAACCUGCCUACGCACGGAUGACAAUGAGGAUGAAGAUUUCAAAUUUUUGACGUCAGUGAAGUUUGAAUUUUCUUUGACUGACACUUAAGCCGACAAACGCACUGCUGGGCUGAAGACAAGCUGUAUGCGUAUGACAUUACUGUGAGGACACAGGCUUGACAGUGUCAAUAAUUGAUAUCGGAUAAAGAAAUGGUCAGAAGCAAGUGAAUUUGGACCCUCCUUUGAUAAAUCAAGGCUUUGGUAUCCCUGUCCUGUCUUUUACCAAUAAUCUACAAAUCCAAGAAGUAAGUGGACUACGUGGUGACUAAAACUGUGUUGUGAUCUUGGGUGGUUAAAUGUUGCGUUUUCAGGUUGAAAAAAAUAUUCUUUGAGGGAACUAUUUGAGUCGAUUCGAGCAAAAUUGCUUUUUCAAACAGUGUCUUUUUAUGCCCCCGACAUCAAUCAAUCAAUUUUCUAUGCCAUGCUACGGUGAAGUAAAGACAAUCCAAUUCCCAUAACUUUGAAAGACCAAAAUCACCCAUAUCAUUACCAUUCUACUCUCUCUUCUGUAGAUGCAACACGUUUCCCCUGGGAUCACAACGCUCAAUUAACGGGAUACUGCCAUUUUCAAUUGGGAGGAGUCAGUUUCACAAUUGACCGUUCACUAAGCCCCGCCCCCACGAGCUACUGUCGCUCUGCCUGUCAAACUUUCUGUUAUAUACAAUGAUACCAUCAACACUGUAGGGGUUGUUGAAACAAUGGAUCCUUUCAGACAGAAGUAGACAGCCUGCUACUCUCUAUUUUGUGGACUAAAAAACGGACGCAAAAGCCUUCGCAAAUCCGGCCUACAGUUUCAUCUGUCAUUACCACUUUUGCUCUUCUGUUUUGGGGUUUGAAAAAAGGCUCGAAGAUAAGUAGUAUCUCUCUUACUAGAGCCCCCGUGCACACCGCCUCGACAUGUGAAGAAAUCCAAAGCUUGACGGGCCAGCCGUGCUUAGUUACGGUCGCCGAGCUACGAUUGGAUGAAUCGCUGUACCGGGGUGAGCUUCAGUCGAACGCUCAGUUCCGGUGGUUGCAGCCAGAUGCCAGUGUGUAUCACAGAACGUCUAACGUCCACGCUUUCAUGCAUUCAAAGUGGCCGUGAGUGCCCCUGACUGACGGACAGGCCUUUCAGCAAAAGCACAGCCUAAAAUCUGAGCCCUCCACUGUCAAAUGGACAGUGAACACAUUCACAUCAGACCAAAAUAAAAACCCACCGGGGAGAGUCGUCAUACAGGAAGGUGCAAUCACACCUCCCCAGCCAAGACGCAGUCCGGAUCAAGAGCUAUUUAUAAUGGGAGGAGACACAGAGUAAUAUAUUAAGAAGCUUUUCUGCGCUGCACUCUGUGACAAGAGUGAAUGCCUGUUAAUGAUUUAUAAUAUGUGUCACGCUGUUGUGCUAGAAUAGUGACGAUGAUGAUGAUGAUGAUAAUGAUGACGAUGCAGUGAAAUAUGAAAUCUUAAAAAACGUUGAAGAAGUCCUUGUUUAUAAAUAUGAUCUGAGUUUCAUGUUUAUAGUUUGUCGCCUGGUAACAGUUAACGCAGGUGCCAUUGAAUUUUUAAGAAACGCCAUUUUUAUCUACUUCCUGAAUAUUGAUGGCCAGGAAGCUGCGGCACCCUCUCUCUCUCUCUCUCUCUCUCUCUCUCUCUCUCUCUCUCUCUCUCUGUCUGUUGCUCUCUUUCUAUUUCUCUCUCUAAACUCCCCAAAGAUGGCCCCCCCUAGUGGAUCGGCUGACUAACUACAAAAGCACAAAGAGACUCAAUCAUCAUUUAAAAGGCGCCAUUUUGCUUUUUUUUUUACUUCCCUUUAGAACCAUUACUUCUUCUUCUUCUUCUCCCCCUUUUGAGUGCGUGUCCUUCAGCUUGUUUGGCAUCCCGAAAUUGUUUCUCUAAGAGCAUUAAUUUUCGUGAAAAAAAGAAGAAAACAAGCGUUUUAUUUUUGUUUGUCUCCUCCAUCAGUUCUGCGCUGUGACAAUAUAUGACACCAGGGUCGAGGCCUUACCCAUCACGUACAGACAGACCAGGACAGAUUUGCCCUUCGGCGCUGAUCUGAAAUCAGUGUGUUUCCCCUCUAAAAUGUGCUUCUUUUUUUUUUUUUUGGAGGGCCCACGGUGUUGAUCUCGUGAGAGGGCAGAAUCUCCCCUGAACCUGUACGCAGCUUCCUGUCUCACUUCUGUCCAUACAAGACUUGUACAGUAAUCAGUGAACGAGAAGAGAAGUCACAAUGUCUAUAGCGAUUUCAGUUAUUCACAUUUUAGAUUUUAGUGAUGAAGCUUUCUUUAUGAUAAAAAAAAGACUAAGAAAUGUGUGGUGUUGUUUUAGCCAUCGUCUGCAAAUGUUUACAUAUCUUUUGUUGUUGUUUUUUUUGGUAUGCGUGGCUGACCGUAGCGCUUCAUUGCUACUGUGUAGUUUUACUAGCGAACAGAUUGAAGGCACUAAAUCUGCAGCGGGAGACAUGAAAAUAAAGCUAUAUAUAAACAUACACCUAUGAACACUGAGCGAAGCUGUUAGUUUUCGAAAUCUUUGUUGUUCCUGGGUUUUUUGAAAUAGCGAUAGAGUGGAUCCUUUUACAUUUGUAGACCUUCAAAGUUGUGCUGCACACGUCUCUAAAGCAGAUUCUUAUGUCGGCUCACCCACUGUGCUGCCGGCGUGCACCGCAGCAGGAGCCCUUCCUUAUUUCUGUCUUUCUCUCUUGAUCCUUCUGAGGCAUUAUUGAACCUGAACCACACCAGCUGAAAACAAGGACAGUGCCUUUAGUUUUAUAUGUCCCCCCCCCCCCCCCCGCCCACCACC